AAGACAUCGGCUUUUUCGGGUUCACGUGAGGUGCCGGACUGCCGGGGGCCUCCCUUCUCCUCGGCGAAGCACAAGGAAGUGAUGGCGGUGGUGAUGGCGGCAGUUACUCGGACAGCCCCAGUGAAAUUGCGCUCCGGGAGAUAUAUCCAGAAAGUGCCCAGAAGAAACUUCCUGCCAGAAAAACUGAAAAAGCAGUACUUGUAACACUGGAGUUUUGGGAUAAGUUAUUAAAAUGGCAGAAAACACUGAAAAUAAUUGUAAAGAUGUAGAUGUAAGACCUAAAACUACUCGGAGUAGAAGUGCUGACAGAAAGGACGGUUAUGUGUGGAGUGGAAAGAAGUUGUCUUGGUCAAAAAAGAGUGAAAGUUGUUCAGAUGCUGAAACAGUGAAUGCUAUAGAGAAAACAGAAGUUCCUUUAAGGAGUCAAGAACGAAAGCACAGCUGUUCAUCCAUUGAGUUGGAUUUAGAUCACUCCUGUGGGCAUCGAUUUUUGGGCCGUUCUCUUAAACAGAAACUUCAAGAUGCUGUGGGGCAAUGUUUUCCAAUAAAGAACUGUAGUAAUCGGCACUCUUCAGGGCUUCCAUCUAAAAGAAAAAUUCAUAUCAGUGAACUCAUGUUAGAUAAGUGUCCUUUCCCACCUCGAUCAGAUUUAGCCUUUAGGUGGCACUUUAUUAAACGACACACCGCUCCUCUAAAUCCCAAAUCAGAUGAUUGGGUAAGCACAGACUUAUCUCAGAGUGAACUAAGAGAUGUUCAGCUAAAACAAAGAAGAAACAUGGAAGAAGAGGUAAACUGUUUCUCACAUACCAGUGUUCAGCCUAGUGUCAUAACCACAAACAAUGCUUCCUGUGGAGGUGGUCCUAUGACUGGUUCUGUGAUGAACCUAGUUUCAAAUAACAGUAUAGAAGAUAGUGAUAUGGAUUCCGAUGAUGAAAUUAUAACACUUUGCACAAGUUCCAGGAAAAGAAACAAACCCAAAUGGGAACUAGAUGAAGAAAUCCUGCAGUUGGAAACACCUCCUAAGUACCACACCCAAAUUGAUUAUGUUCACUAUCUUGUACCAGACCUCCUGCAGAUCAAUAACAAUCCAUGUUAUUGGGGAGUUAUGGAUAAAUAUGCAGCUGAAGCUCUACUAGAAGGAAAACCAGAAGGUACUUUUUUACUUCGAGACUCGGCACAGGAGGACUAUUUAUUCUCUGUUAGUUUUAGACGCUAUAGUCGUUCUCUUCAUGCUAGAAUUGAACAGUGGAAUCACAACUUUAGCUUUGAUGCACAUGAUCCUUGUGUCUUCCAUUCUCCUGAUAUUACUGGGCUCCUAGAACAUUAUAAGGACCCAAGUGCCUGUAUGUUCUUUGAACCACUUUUAUCUACUCCUUUAAUUCGGACUUUCCCCUUUUCCCUGCAGCACAUAUGCAGAACAGUUAUUUGUAACUGUACAACUUAUGAUGGCAUUGAUGCCCUUCCAAUUCCUUCCUCUAUGAAAUUAUAUCUGAAGGAAUAUCACUAUAAAUCAAAAGUUAGAGUUCUCAGGAUUGAUGCACCAAAACAAUGCUAGGAAAGGGAUAGAAACAUUGGAAUUAUACACAUAUUUUUAUUUAAUGGUUUAUUUUUCUUAUGCUUUGAAUUUUUCUACAAGGGCAAUCAGUACAAAAUAAACUUCUGCCCUAAAUUUUACUUCCAAAUCAUUUUAUUUUUUUCUGACACACUAAUUGUUUAAAGUUAUAUACACUAAGGAUUAAUGGACAUUUUUGACCAGACUUGGUUUUUGUUUUUACCAUAUAGAUUAUAUACCUAAUUUUUUUCUUUUCUUGCUUGUAGUUUGCAAUGCUCCAGGGAUAUUCAAAAUUUGGUAGACAUUGCAAACACAGUUGAACAAUAUGUAUUUUGUACUUUUUUAAAAAUAGUCCUGUAUUCCUUCCCAAAAUGCUAUGUUAACCUAUGCCAUUAGUAUUCCUAUCCAUAUAGUUUCCCCAUCCCCAUUGUCAGAAUUGUUUUAAAUUCUUCAGUAAAAGUUAAGUGUGUUGUAAUUCACAAUACGUAUAAUGUAAUAAACUUACGUAUUUAAUAGGGUUGUUAAAGUAACAAAAUGGCUUAAAAUAAAAGUUGAUGUGCUUUCAUUUUACAUAUUAACCAUAAAGUAGGGUUUCUAAGUCUGAUUAUUCUGGUCAGUAAAAAAUGAAGAGAGGAUCUGGCUCAGUGGUAGAGUGAAUGCCUUAUAUAUAUGAGGAUCUGAGUUGGAUCUCAGGCACCUCAAAACAGGAAAAAUAUUGAACAAAAAUACUACAUUUUGAUGGUGAAUUUAUUCUUGACUGUAGUAAGAUCAUCUGUUUUAUUCCUUGAAUAGCUUUUUCUCUCCAUGUGGAAGAAUUAGAAUUAGUAUCUUCGGGAUGUAAAUAUUGUUCCUUUCUCACCUGAGGCUCAAAAAAUGAUAAAACUAUUAGUAACUAAUAGUUACUAAAAACAGUUACUAAAGCAACUGAGGUUUUUCUGUAUUUACUAGUAAUGUACUGUUGCUUCUUCUUAGACCUUUUGUAGACACUAAGCUUGUUCUUUGGGGGAGAUGCCACAAUUUAUUUUUAAAAAUAGCCACAAGUUUGCAUUAGUAAGCAACAAAUUUUUUAAUUACUUUUAAUUACUCUAGAAUAAAGCUUCAAGAGGUAAACAGAGACUCUCUGUAUUCAGGCAGUUUACUACUGUUUUUAACAUUUGAGUUUCAAAUAAUUAUUUUUAUUUUCAUAAUUAAUGUUUUUAUGAUAGCUUCCAAAAAAAGAAAAACAUUUUGAAAGCUGCAUAAAGUUUAUUCCAUACCAGUACAGGGCAUCAGGGGUAAUAUUUUACAUUUAUUCUCCCAUGGACAGGGAAGCAUUUUUAGAAACAUCAUUAGCCCAAUAUAAUAAAGAUUAAUGGAGUGAUAUCCUAUCCAGCUUCUCUUUUUUUUUAAAGAAUCAAUAAAUUCCCCAGAUGGUUGUUUCUUCUGGUGAGCUGUCUACCCCUUUUUACAAACUGACAUUUUUAAUAUGAUAACCACAGAUUUCUUGAUGGUCGUUUUGCUCUAGUAAAAAGCUGCUUUUAUCUGAAUUGAAAGAAACUUGACUCAGAUUUCCAAGCUUAAACAGAUGUUUCUUAAGUAUCAUUGCUUUAAAUUGAAGUAUCAAUCCCCUUUCCUGAAAGUGCACAGUUAAUAAAGAUGGCAUUUUCAAUAACAAUUUUAAAAUAAGUAGCGAUUCAAAAUCAAAGGAAAUAUGUUACCAAUAUCUUUCAGCAUUUUUUUUCUCAGUGGUCCAAGUCUGUCUUGGUUUCAGUUAGGGGUUGCUGUUAAAAUGGCACCUCCCAUCAGUGAUGAGGCUCAGAAUAUCUUUACACCAACAUCAGAAUAAAUAACCUCUCAUAAAGUUGAGGUUUUCCUUUUUCAAGUGUAGAAAAGUCUCAUACUACCUCAACUUAUUGUGGCACUUUUGUAGAUCACUGAGAAGCUUAACUUACCAAUAUGAUACUUCCUAAAUAACCAUCUUUGGUGAAAGAAAAUUAAUUGUAUGGUAAGACUCUACCCAUAACUAGAGCUUUUUAUCAGAACUUGAUAACAAGACUUUCUGUUUCUGUGAAACAAUUAUUUUAACUAUUUUUCUUUUAAAAGUAACUUUUUAUCAGUACAGAAAAACCUAAAGGAUGAUUAGCUAAGAAUACUCUGUUAAAAGGUAAUUUUAUAAAGAAAAAUAAAGUAAAAUUAUGUUGCCUUUUCUAAUGAUAAAAUUAGUGUUUAUAUUAAAAUAUCUAAGUCGUUUUUCAUAUAUUCAGACUGGUUGCUUGUGAUAUAUUUUCUCUGGCUUAGCUUUUCAACUUCAAGGUAUAAAUAGCUAUUAACAUUUUCAAAAUACUGCCAUACAUAGCCUUGAAGUAGAUGUUCCAAUAAAUGAUCUGGGAAGAGAUUCAUUUACUUUGAAAUGGUUUGUUUAUGUUUUGCUUGAUAUUUGAUACAAUGAAAAGAUACCUGGAAAGUAGAAACAAAGAUUUGAGAAGGUAGAUUAAUGAUUUUUUACAGCAUUACGGGAUUGGAAUUUUAACCCCUUGGUAACUAAGGGCACAUAUGGGAAACUACUCAGUAAUCAGAAACCAGCUCAUUUUUAAAAAUACAUUUGUUGGAAUAUAUAAGUAAAAAGAGUAAAUUCUGAGGAGCAAUGUGAAAAAGAUAAAUCUAAAUAGGAAUAAAAAUUUUACAACUCUUAAGUUUGAUAUAAGUUUGAGUUGAUCAGGCAUUUAGUAUGGUGGAAAUGUGAAGAGUUUAUUGAUAAGAAAGGAUGGGGCUAAAAGAAACAGGAUAAAAUAUUAAAAUUAAGAAUGAGGCAUUACCUCAGGGAAAUGCCUUGACAGUGAAAGAGAACUACUUAAUCGCUAAUAGCUAGUCUGGACCAGACACUUAACUGUGCUUUGGGAAUCGUCCUGCACUAAUCAGGAAAUAAACUUGACUUUUUCUUUGAAGCUUUUCAGGACAUACCUCCUCCCCAGCCUAGUUUAGUUGUGGGGGGAGGGGUGUUUGUUUUUAAGCUACAGCUUGAUUCAUACUCUAGUUCCUGAAGUAUGUUUAAUGGAUUUUUUUUUGGUUUUAUGAGCAUUUUAUAUGAAGUCAUAUGUGGUCUUUGUAUAACCAUGCCAUACACUUAAAUAAUUCAUAGUGGGAAUAGUUUAAUUUAAAGCAAGAUCUAAUAGGAAAAAUAAAAGAAGCUUUUAGUCAGCUUGUGACUAGAUUUAUUGAUCUGCUGAUCAGACCUGGAUUCUUUACUGAAUUUCAGCUAAGAGCAAACUGGGGUCAAAGAAUAACUCUCAAAGUCUUGACUUCUUAUUAUAAAUAAUGUAAAGGAUAUCUUAGUAAUUAGAAAUCUUUAAAAAGUAGAGCAAAUAUGGCAAAUUGGACUCAGAUCAUUACUUAAAUUCCAUUUCUUUUUAUAAGAAAAACACAAACCAUUAUCAUUUAUUCAUGAGACAAAGCCAUUAAGAUAAAUCAAGUUAUCAGCUUCCUGUCUGAAGUUUGGGUCAUUUUAUAGAUUCACGUAAUAGCUUCCUUCCUGUGAAACAAAAUCUCUUAUAAAUACACUUUUAGCUUUCAUUAAAAAUCUUGUCAGUUUUAGCUAUAUUCAGAUCAGAUAAAUUCUGUAAUGAUUAGGGCAGAGCAAAUUUCACAAAAAAGUAGAUUUUCCUGGAUUAAAAAAAAUAAGUAAAAAUAAUGCAAGCAUAUGAAAUGACCAGGGUGUUGAUGUCCAUAGGAAUAAGACAUUUUAGAAUUAGGAUAUUUUUUCAUUGGGAAAAAAGUCUUUACAGUUUUGGUUUUAACAUAAGUCAGUUUCACAUUCAUUUUUAUUUCUAAAGAAUGAACAGAAAGCACAACGUGAUUUUGGUUUUUGUUUUUUAAUGACAUAUUUUAGAAGUGAGCAACACUGCAAGAGUCUUUAUACUAAACACCUCUACAGACAUUGGGAGACAAAAUGGAGGUAACUUUUUGAAAUACACUGGCUUCUGAGUAGAAAUGUAGACUAAUGUAAUAUAACCCAAAGGAAAGGGAUUUAGGGCACACGAGUCCAAUUUCAAAACCAAAGUCUACUUUUAUUUUUAAUUUUUAAUAAUUAGUACUAAGUCUUUUUUGCUUUAAUUUCCUGGCUUAAAAAAAAGCAAGUAAUAAUACUUUUCACUUGACUUCCUGAAGGUUAAUUCUUCAGUAAAGAGGUGACCCUUGGAGCAUACUUGAAAAUAAUUGCGGCAUAGCCCUUACACACUAAUGUGAUGAUAGGUUUUCAGAGUAUCCCUUCGUGAACCUGCAGAUUGACAUUUCACUUCCUUUACUCUGUAAUAGGCUUUCUUGGCUUAAUUUGACAAUAGAGAUAACUGUACAAUUUGGAUUUAUGGUUUAGACUGCAAUUAGAUGAACAAUUGCAAUUUCCUAUCCUUAAUAAGGUCUGUGUAAAAUUGAUGUUUGCCUAAGUUAUUUUAAAAAGUUGAUUACAUUUGGUGGAAGUAAAGAUAAUCACUUUUGCCAUGGUUAUAAUCAAAUCUUAGCUUUCAGACUUGAGAGUGUAAAACUCAAGGAGAUUUACUUAAAUUGUGCCGACUUGCUUGAAAUGGGUAAACUCUAAAAAGCCAAGUAUGAACUUGAUAUGUACUUGAAUAUAGAGAAUUUAUUAACUUCACUAAAGUGUUAAUUAGUAUUCUUGUCAACUAAGCUUGUAUGAUCCACAAUUUACCCCCCAAAAGUAGACUGUCCGUUUUUGUUUCUAUUCUUAAAGUUGAAUGUUUUCUUUGAUGUGAAUUUAAAUUGUUCUGAAUAGUUUCGUUUCUUAAUUAAAACUUCUUAUAUAAAAUCCAA